AUGCGCCUCAUCACCUUUCCAGCAACUGCUUUGUUCAUUGUCUCAGUUUUUGGCUUACGCUCUGUCCCCAAAUGUGCUGGUCUUGACGAGGACUCAUUAUGCCCCAGUCGCGAAGCUAAUGAGCUAUGCCAACGCCAGAUUUUCUCCGAUUUUCUUCAAACACUCUAUGUUGAGAAAGACCCCAUCAAGGCCUUUAACACACACGUCGAUGUUCAACUCAUCGAGCAUGACCCCUUUGACGAACAAGGACGGGACGCAAACGCUGCAAAGUUAUCUAACAUCAUUCCUUCGGCAAAUUUCACGGUUCUGCGCUCAAAUUUUAACAAUGACAUCGGUGUGAUCCACGUUAUGGUCAAGGAAGACCCAGAGCCCGCCGCCCUUGCGGACAUUUAUCGUAUGGAUGGAACAUGUAUUGUAGAGCAUUGGGAUGUACUGCAAUACAGGCCGGCAAACGCAACGAACCCCAUUGCUAUGUUCUAA